ACUUUUUAUUUGUCAAGCACAAACACAACACCACCUAAAUAAUUAAGAAGUGGAAGACGAUGUUAAAUCUCCUGAAUGAAACCUUCUCAAGCUUGUUGCAACCUUUUUCCUUCAAGUAUUUAGCACUUCUUGCAAUUUUCUUCAUCCCUAUAUACAAAUGGUUCUCCACUUCCGCAAACUCAUCACCACCUUCUCCACCAAAGCUCCCUAUCAUUGGAAACCUUCACCAACUAGGCCAGCACCUUCAGCGCUCUCUUCAAACCCUAGCUCAACGCCACGGGCCGCUCAUGCUCCUCCAUUUCGGAAGUGUGCCGGUCCUUGUGGUCUCCUCAGAUGAGACUGCCCGAGAGAUCAUGAAAACCCAUGACAUCACAUUCGCCAACAGACCCAAGAACACCUUCUUCAAGAAGUUUUGCUACAACUUCAAAGACGUGGCCUCGGCUCCUUAUGGUGAGUAUUGGAGGCAGCUGAAAAGUAUAUGCGUCUUAAAUCUCCUUAGCAACACAAGGGUUCGUUCUUUUCGUGCCGUAAGAGAAGAGGAAACUAAAUCCAUGAUCGACAAUAUAACUAAGCACUGCUACUCAUCCCCCUCCUCAGUACCAUCAGCGUUUAAUUUAAGUGAAAUGCUCGAGACGCUUACGAAUGAUGUUAUCUGUAGAGUGGCUCUUGGGAGGAAGUACAGCGAUGGCGGGGAACGUGGGAGGACGUUUAAGAAGCUUGCCGAGGAGCUGUCGUUGGUGAUGUCACGUAUCCAUAUUGGAGACUAUAUCCCAUGGCUUGCUUGGAUCGCCCGUCUCAAUGGUUUGGACGCCAAGUUUGACGAUCUGGCUAAACGGUUUGAUGAGUUUUUAGAAAUAAUUAUUCAAGAGCAUAUGGAUGAAUUUGAUGGUCUUACCAAGAAUGAGGACCAAAAGGAUUUUGUGGACGUUCUGCUUUCCCUUCAGGCUGAUUCUCCUAUUGAUAGAGUUAGCACCAAGGCUAUCAUCUUGCCUGCCACGAAGGACAAAGGAAAAGAUGUUUUGGUCACUCGUAAAAUUCCACGUUAG